AUGUCCUUUGUAAAUAUCUUUCUCUCGCGAGUUGCCUCUACGCCCAAUACAAAGGCUGCCCUCGACGACGCAAUCAACAACACCCAGAACAAAACGUCCGACCCAAACGGCUCACCAGUACUCGCCAAGUCCAACAGCUCGAUCCACUCUACCAUGACCACCUCCUCCAUGACCACAACCGCCACUGGCACAACCGUCGGUAACGGCUCAUCACUCAACGGCGGUCUUCAUCUCAACAUUCCAAAGAGCCCCAACGGAUCAGCUCUGGACCUCAGGAGAGGCGCCUUCCGUCGAACUUACUCUUCCAACUCGAUCAAGAAAAAGACGAUCGAGGUCACACCGAGCAGCUUUGUCAAAAUCCGUUUGUUGGGCAAGGGCGAUGUGGGAAAAGUCUAUCUGGUCCGCCAAAAGGAUACCGACCGCCUUUACGCAAUGAAAGUUCUUUCAAAGAAGGAGAUGAUCAAGCGCAACAAAAUCAAGCGAGCUUUUGCAGAGCAGGAGAUUCUCGCCACCUCCAACCAUCCAUUCAUUGUCACGUUAUACCACUCUUUCCAGUCGGAGGACUAUCUGUACCUUUGCAUGGAGUAUUGCAUGGGAGGCGAGUUCUUUCGAGGCAAGUCAAGUGCCCGAUUUUCAUUGCAAACAAGACCAGGGAAAUAUCUCCAGGAGGAAGACGCCAAGUUUUAUGCUGCCGAGGUUAUUGCCGCAUUGGAAUACUUGCACUUGAUGGGAUUCAUUUACCGUGAUCUGAAGCCAGAGAACAUUCUGUUGCAUCAGACCGGCCAUAUUAUGUUGACUGAUUUCGAUCUUUCAAAGCAGUCUUCGCCAGCAGGAGAGCCAACAGUGGUCAAGACCGGAUCGCCUUCGAUGCCCCCAGCUAUUGACACAAAGUCAUGUAUCGCAAACUUGAGGACAAACAGUUUUGUCGGCACAGAAGAAUAUAUUGCGCCAGAGGUUAUCAAAGGAUGUGGACAUACUUCAGCAGUGGAUUGGUGGACGCUUGGAAUUCUGAUGUAUGAAAUGUUGUUUGGAGUGACACCCUUCAAGGGCAAGGACAGGAAUGCGACCUUUCAAUCGAUUUUGCAUACAGAUGUGCAGUUCCCGGACCACCCAGGGGCUCAACCAAUCUCAUCGCUCUGUAAAUCGGUGAUCCGCAAGCUACUGAUCAAGGACGACCAACUCCGGUUAGGCUCCAAGGCGGGUGCAAGCGAUGUCAAGUCGCACCCUUUCUUCAAGACGACCAACUGGGCCCUGCUGAGACAUCUCCCUCCCCCCAUCAUACCCCAGACCUCCUUUGGCGCGGACGCGAUCAACUUUCGACAGAUGCAUGAGUCUGUCAGCUUGGAUAUCGAGGGUGAAGAGCUGGUUCAUCAGCACCCCGGAGCCAAGAAUCCUUUUGCCAACUUUAGCUCAGUCACUCUGCAUCAUGACGGAGAUGAUGACAUGUAA